AGACUUCCUUUCUACAUUCAUCAAUAUGCUCUUCAACAGCAUCGUGCUCUUCGCCGCAGCAAGCCUCACUCACGCUGUCGUUCUCCCUGCACCACAGGUCAGCGAUCGCAGCAAAUGUAUCGACUCGCCGCAAAGAAUUGAAUGGCGCAAGCUCGAGCCUGCUAAGCAGAAGAGCCACAUUGACGCCGUGCUUUGCUUGAAAACGAAGCCUUCACGUAUCUCUCUCAAGUCACUGUUCGACGACUUCCCGCACGUCCAUUUCCAAGUGGCUAGCAGUAUCCACAACCAAGCGACGUUCCUGCCCUGGCACAGGUACUUCACCAAGUGCUACUUCGAUGCGCUCGGCGAGUGCGGAUACAGUGGUCCUGGAACGCAAACACUCGACCACGACUCCCUCAUCGUAUCCCCGUUCAUGUCGUCCACCACCGGCUUUGAUGGCAAUGGCGACCCCAACCGCAGCGAGUAUUACGCGCCGAAUGGCCAGAUACUAUCGUGCGUUGACAGCAGACCUUUCAAGGACUUGCGCCCAGAGUACCUCCCCAAUUCACCCACCGAGAUCACAGAGGGAGGUCACUGUUUCUUCCGCAAAUUAGCCGAGGUCAACAAGCUAGAGGCAUGGAAUACGAUGAAAGACACGCUCACCCCGGAAUACGUUGCCAAUCAGCAGAAGCUUGAGGUUUUCGCAAAGUUUGCGCCGGCUCUCGAGGCCAAUCCACAUGGAACUAUCCACGCCAGUUUGGGUGGCGAGAUGAACCCCACGACUUCGCCAAACGAGUCACUUUUCUUCCUUCACCACCCACAAAUCGAUCGUCUGUGGUGGACCUGGUAGCAGCAGGAUACGGAGAAGCGUGUAGCUGAUUACAGCGACGUGCAUUGGCCUUGGGGAAGCACAGACUACAUUCCAGCGUCUAUGAACGAUACAUUGAACAUGCUGGGCGUCGCAGACGAUGUGCUAGUCAAGGAUGUUAUGAGCACCACCGGGCCAGUGUUAUGUUACCGGUAC